GAAACCAUCCGUAUAUUCAUCGAUUGUGGAGAGAAACUAAAUGCGGUAGACCGUUUCGGCGUGACGCCGCUCGCAGCAGCAGCAGCACGUGGAAGGCUGGACUUAGUAGAACUGUUGCUUUCUAGGGGCGCAGAGGUCAAAGUGGAAAACAUGCCCAACUGCCCGUUCUGGUGGGCUGCCCGAUCCGGGCAUCUUGACAUCUUUCGAGUCUUGCACAACUAUCCCGGGGCCGGAUUGAACUCUGUCGACCACUAUGGCCGGGGCCUGUUGCAUUGGAUGACAUUUUCAAACUGCCCAGCGGCCGUCCAUGUGCUGAUUCAGGGUGCUGCGGUUGAUGUUAACAAGAGGGAUAUGGGUGGGUCUACGCCGUUGGCGGUCGCCGCUGAGAUGAGCUAUAAUCAUAUCGCACGGAUACUACUGUCGAACGGUCGUACGGAUGCCAACCUUGCCGAUGUUUUUGCGAACACGCCUUUGCAUAAGGCCGUUAGACGUGGGAAUGUGGGUUUGGUUCGGAUGCUCAUG